GCCCUCGACCCGCAUCACUUCCCUCCCCAGUUCACCAAAAACUCAACCCAACACCCUUACAAAGGGUCUCUGCCCAGAUAAUUAGAAUAUCAUACGAAACAUCCAACCCUCUCCUAAUUCUAUAUCUGUACCAUACACUCUUUUCCCCCCCCUCCUUCCCCCUGCUCUCGGGAGAAAGCUAUGGUCUCCUCAUCCAAUGUCUCUACCCCAAACCCUUCAUUAUCGGAAUACACGUUCCCGUCGCACCGAUUACGAGCGCUACGGGAUGGGGGUAAGAUGCCCUUGGUCCUGGUAGCGUGCGGGAGUUUCUCGCCGAUAACACACAUGCACUUGCGCAUGUUCGAGAUGGCCGUGGAUCACGUCAAGCAGGGGAUGAGUGAGUUUGAGGUUGUGGGUGGUUACUUGAGUCCUGUCAGUGAUCGGUAUAACAAGGCUGGUUUGGCGAGUGCUGCUCAUCGGUGAGCACCGCUCCUCCACCCUUCGGCCGGGAAUGUUUGCUGAUGGAGGAAAUUGAUCAGAGUGCGGAUGUGCGAACUGGCGUGCGACGAGACCUCGGACUGGCUAAUGGUUGACCCGUGGGAAGCCGGACAAUCAGAGUACCAACCAACGGCGGUGGUCCUGGACCACAUCUCUUACGAAAUAAACCACAACCUCGGCGGUAUUUCCUACCCCCCGCCCCCAUCCUCAAACUCCCUGACCGUGCCCACCGCCACUCCACGCAAACCCGCCCGAGUGAUGCUCCUCGGGGGAUCCGACCUUCUGCAGACAAUGUCGCAACCCGGCGUCUGGUCGCAAUCCGACCUCAACCACAUCCUCACCGCCCACGGCCUCUUCAUAAUCGAGCGGUCCGGCAGUGACAUUUCCGACGCCCUCGCCCCGCUGAAGGAGUGGAGCGAUGCCAUGGGGAAGGACUGGAUGGAGAACAUACAUGUUGUUCGCCAGCUGAUUGCAAAUGAUAUUAGCUCCACGCGCAUCAGGCAGUUUCUUAGGCAGGGGAUGAGCGUGCAGUAUCUUUUGCCCCAGGUUGUGAUUGAGUACAUCCGCGAGAGGGGGUUAUAUAGAGAUGUGGAGGAGUUUAGAGAGAGUAGGGCGAGCUCUAUGCCCCCGCUUAGAAGGGAGGCGGUCGAUCGCGCUGUUGGGAAGAGGGGGGGGUUGUCGUGA